AUGGCAGGAAGUGAAUGGCAUUUAAACUCUCCAAUGCUGAAUGCAUCAAGUGGUGUUGGCUAUGUUACCAAUAUUGGUGGUCUUAAUUCCUAUGUCUCGGGUUCCCCUUUCUCCAUCUUCGCCAUUCUUCUUGUUUCCGAUAUUUUUGGAUUUACAGUACCGCUUUUCAGAGAGCUUGCAGACAAGGUCGCAGCUACUGGAUAUUUUGUUGUGGCUCCUGAUUUCUUCAAUGGCGACCCUUUUGAUUCUGAUAAUGUGAACAGGCCCUUACCUGUUUGGAUACAAGAUCAUGAACCGGAAAAAGGUUUUGAAGCUGCAAAACCUGUUAUUGAAGCCUUAAAAAGUCAAGGUUUUUCUGCUGUCGGAGUUGCUGGUUUUUGUUGGGGCGGUAAGACCGCUAGCGCACUUGGGAAAUCCAAACAUGUCAAAGCCAGUGUGCUAUUACAUCCAACAUCUGUGGAAGUGGAUGACAUCCGUGGUGAGAAUGAUACAAUUUCUCCUCCAGAGCUUAUACUAGAAUAUAAGCAAGUCCUACAGAAUGCUAUACCUAAGGUUGAUUAUUAUGUAAAAAUAUUCCCCAACGUCUCACAUGGUUGGACUGUGAGCUACGAUCCUAAUGAUCCAAAAGCUGUGAAGGCUGCAGAGAAGGCUCAUAAAAUCAUGAUAUAUUGGUUUCAUAAACAUCUUAAGGAAGCCACAAAUCUUGUUAUGUGA